AUGCAGAAUAACUCUUCCAUAAAUAACUUAAACCAAGAUGGCAUAUCCACCAAUACUGCAACUUCAUCUCUGUUGGAUUUAAAAAUCCAGCCAUGUAGCCCAACGAAAUUCAGCCGAAAGGUCGAAAAAGAAGAACUUUCUAAUCUUAAUGAUCGCCUAGCAUGCUACAUUGAAAAGGUAAGAAGCCUAGAAAUUGAAAAUAAUCAGUUAAUUAAAAAUAUAAAGCUUUAUGAUGACAAUACAGCAGCACAAUUGUCCAGUGUGAGAUCAUUGUAUGAUAAAGAAUUGAUGGAAACCAGAGUUUUAAUUGAUGAAAUUUCCAAGGAAAAGGCCAAAGUUGAGAUGGAUGCUCGUAGACUAUUUAUUGAAAAUGAAGAACUUAAAUCAGAGCUUGAUAAAAAGAAUAAAGAAUGCCUCUUGUUUCAGACAUCUCUGUCUGUUUGUGAAAGUGAACUAUCAGAAGUCACAUCCAAGUAUCAACAAUCUCUGAAUGAGAAAAAAAGGAUUAAUGAUGAAAUUAUAUCAUUGAAAGAUGAUAAAAACACACUAUCUGUUGGACUGCUUGACAUUAAGAAACAGUUAGAAGAAGAAAUAUUACUGAGAGUGGAUAAGGAAAAUGCAUUACAAACACUCAAUGAGGAUAUAUCAUUUAAAGAAGAAUUAUUUGAACAGCAAUUGAAAGAAUUGAGUAGGAAGAAAAUGGAUGAAAUAAGUGAAAUGGAAGUAUUAUGUCAAAAGUAUCAAGAUAAAUUAUGUCAUAGCUUGCAAGAUCUAAGACAACAGUAUGAACUGGAUUUACUUCACAACAAAGAAGAAAUAAAAUUGUUAUAUGACGAAAAGGUCCAUAGUCUUGAAAGUCAGCUGAAUAGAUAUACUGAAUCAGCUGCCAUUACUGCAGAUGAAAUGCAAAAAAUGAAAUGUAAUAUAGAUGGAUUAAAUAAAAACAUUAGCAUUCUUGAAGAGGAAAGAAAUUGUGCAUCAUCUGAAAUUAAGAGACUUAAUAAUGAAUUAGAGAUGGAAAAAUCCAACAUUUUAGAAAUUCAUAAUCAAAAUAAAGAAGAAAUUGCCAGACUUCUUAAAGAAAUGGAUGAGCAUAACAAGGAAUAUGAAGAUUUGAUGGAUAUCAAAAUUGCAUUAGAUUUAGAAAUAAAUGCUUAUAGAAAAUUGUUGGAAGGUGAAGAAGAAAGAUUUAAGAUAACUCCGAAAUGUUCUUCUGAAACUCUCAAAGUACCUCAUCGAGGGCCCUGUUUGAAGAGAAAGUGUCUAUCGUUAGAAGAUUCAAAAGAAUGGCAUUUAUCAAAUUAUUCUUACACUUCCUCUACUAAGUGUGAUAUUUCAAUUGAACAAGUAUGUUACAAAGGUCAAUUUAUUAUUCUGAUUAAUAAGAAAAACAAUGAGGUAGAACUUGGUGGAUGGAAGUUGAUAAACCGCACUGGAACAUCAUUUACAGAUUACGUAUUUGAUCAGAAUUUUAAAUUACCUGGAGGAGAUAGUAUAACAGUAUGGUCUUGCAAUGCUCUUAAUGUAAAUCAUCAACUGCAUGAAAAUCUGGUGAUGAAAGAUCGUUCAUGGCUAAGUGGAGAUGUGACAAUAACUACUCUAUAUAAUUCAUCAGGGAAAGAGAUGGCCAUUUAUGAACAAAAGAAACAAUGUGACAGAAUGUAUGUAAAGGAAAUAAAUAAACACUUGAUAAAUGAAAAGUCACCAAGAGAUGAUGCAACAUUUGAAAACAGUGAAAAAUGUUCAGUCAUGUAA